AUGCCAUCACUGCACCAGUAUGUGGAUAUUCCCACAAGGAAGCAAAACACGCUGGAUCUGUGUUACGGGAACAUUUCUGAUGCGUUUGUAGCUCGGGCGCACGCACCACUCGGCUUCUCCGACCACAAUGUUGUUGUUUUGAUCCCGCACUACCUGACGGGGCUGAAACGCGCUAAGCCAACCAUCCACAGCGCCAGCGUGUGGUCGGAGGAUGCAAUUGCGCAGCUUCAGGGAUGCCUGGCGUGCACUGAUUGGGAUGUAUUUCAAGGGGACCUGGAUAACAAGUCGACCACUCUGCCGUCUGUGAAGAGCUGCUCAGUGCCCUGCCCCUGGACACCCCAUCACAGCCCCCAUUUACGGAGGGGGAUGUACACCUACAACUUAGCAGUUGCCCUGAGCCCCCACGCCCCCCUCGCUUGUUCUUCAUACACACAGGUUCACCGCUCUGCCACACCUCCGACAUCCCACCCCAGCCCAGCCAAUGGCGUGAGCGGCCUCCAUUUUGCACCCAGCCCCGCCCUGCCUCUGUCCGCCCGUGGAUAA